UCCUAGAUUAUAAAGCCAAUGGACAGGUUGUAGAAACAAGUGUGACGUCAAAGUUAGUAGGCCCACGUGAUGUUCUCGAGGUUUGGAUUCUCAAUUGGGAAGCCAUUGCUUUGCGGUGUACAUAGACUGGAAUGUUAGCACGUGCUGUCGGGGAGAAGAAAUACUUGAAAAUAUGCCAUUUAAAUGCUGUGUAACUGGUUGUCGGGGAAAUUAUAAAGGUACUGAAAAGGUGCAUACAUUUUCCUUUCCCAAAAAUGAUGCUCUUAGAGAGAGGUGGCUAAGAAAUAUACCUAGGAAGGACUUCUCAGCAACUCCAUAUUCUCGGGUGUGCCAUAAACAUUUUCAACCUGAUGACCUCAUCUGGGAAACAUCAGCUUUCGAUGAAAAAAAUGGGAAAAUCAUUAAAGCUUCACUGCAGAGACCAAAACUAAAAGAAGGCGCUUUUCCUAGCAUAUUUGAUGGCUGUCCAUCGUAUUUAUCUUCACAAGCUGGUAGUUCGAGAAAAAGUCCGAAUGAGAAAAAAAUGGAACGAGAAGCAAACCUCAUGAUGAAAGCUAUUGCUCAUAGUAAAUUAUCAGCUGCUGAGUAUUAUAAAUCGAGGACAUUUUCAUUUUCAGACUUUAAUGAACUUUUAACCUGUUGUAUGCAAUAUAAAUUUUCUACAUUUUGGAACGUUGUGCACAAAGACAAUAUCUUGAUGUUUUUGAAUUUAAAAUGCACUGAUGGAUGUGUAAAAUUGCUUUAUGCAGUCCACAUUACUGCAGAUCUUUUAUUAUCUGUAUCGUUUCAAAAUAAGUUAUUGACUCAUAUCAGUAGUAAGUAUAAUGAGUUACCUAUAAAAGUAAGUAAUAUUAAUGAAAUUCAUGAAAUACUUGAUCAUAUUGAAAUGUUAGAAACUAAAGACUUAAUGAAUUAA